CACCAACUUAUCAACACUAAACCAGUGGAUGCUAAGAGCGGAACACCAGGGACUGAACACCAAUCUGCUGGACACCUUGUAGAUUAUGAAAGUAUAUCAUGUUUGAUAGCCGUUCCUGCAAUAACAACUGAAUUAUUGGAGGCUCUAUCUAUAUUCCUUCUAAAGGGAACGUACUGGACAAACAUCUCACAAAUACUCCAGAGGGGCUGAUGGGUCAGUACAGUCAUGGAGAAGAAGACAGCUGAACAGUACGGAAUGAUUCUGCCUAUGUAUAAGGAUCAGGUCCCAUUGUCCGGAAAGAGGUGGAUUGUGGGAAUGGGACUUGUGGUGCUGCUGGUCGGAACAAAUUUGGCUAUAACUUUAUUUGGUGUUUACAUGACACAGAAGCAUACGGAGCGGACGGUCACAUUGGUCUUAAAUGUCAGAGACGGGCAGAAGGUUCAACAGACAAUAUCCGACAACAAGCAGGAAAACAUGGCCGCCAUUUUCGUCAGGAGCAAGAAUAACUUUACCACCAUGAUGUAUGAUUACGAGAGGAACAUCAUUGGGAUCCGGACGAUGAACAGCAGCGUGUGUUCUGUGCUCAGGAUGGACAAAUUCAAGAUUCCGCCUAUACAGGAUAUACUAAGACAGAUGGAUAAUAAAGCAUCGAGUGACGACCAGAUCACAUACAGCGUUAUACCGGUGCAGAAAGCGAACCAUAUAGACGUGGGGACAAGCGUGAACAUUUUUUGCACUAAUAUCGACAUCUACUGGGGAAAAUUGGUGUUUUGUGAAGAUGUGGAAGUGCUGGGACCGGCGAUAACGUUUACCUUUUCGUUUUCAAUUUCCAUAGCGAUUUAAGGAAAAGGAAAAAAAACUAAUGAAAUUGAACCUGCGGCUUUAAUUACAAGGAAAGGGGCAUUAUUAUUGUGUCUAUGAUGUAGACAUAGGAACCAUUACUUACAAAUAGCUGAUAAACUGCUUAACCCACAUGUAACAUAAGCCUCCAUCUGCUUUGCUUUUGCAACUAGAUUAAAAACCUUGAUUCUUCACACUGCAGGCUGCACCCAGAUGGCUGGAAAACUGUGCAAAAUAGAAACCAUUGGGGAAAUUUGUCAAGUUUUCUUUGUUGCACAUAACAUCCAAUUAGAACUUGAUAAAUCUCCCCCAUAGUUUUACAGGGUUACUCUGCCCCUAGACAUCUUAUCCCCUAUCCAAAGGGCUGCAGCACCCCAGAUAUCCAGUGCACAGAUGACUGGUGAUGUGGGACGAAGGCUCUUGACGUCACAAUCAAGCCCCGCUCAUGACGUCACGACAAUGCGUCCUUAAUGCAAGUCUAUGGGAGGUGUCGUGAAGGCUGUCACGCCCUCUCCCAUAGACUUACAUUGAGGGGGCUUGACCGAGACGUCACAAGCCUCCGUCUCUGCACCCAAUGCUCUAAACGAAUGCCGGGGGUAGCAGGGAGAUUGCGGGGGUCCCCAGCGGCAGGACCCCAGCGAUCAGGCAUCAUAUCCCCUAUCCUUUGGAUAGGGGAUAAGAUGUCUAGGGGUGGAGUACCCCUUUAAGGGUAGGGUCACACAUAGGGCAUCUGCAGCAGAUUUCACGCUGCGGAUUCACCGAAAGCAGUCACAAGAGUGAGCUCCUGCUACGAACGGACACAGAGAGCUACCAAGCCACAGUAGGGAGUUUGCUCUUGUGACUGUUUUCGGCGCAUCUGCAGCCGAAAAUAUGCUGUGGAUGUGCUAGGUGUGACCCUACCCAUAGAUUGAUUUAUUUUCAGCUGUGAUGGAUGUGAUUCAUAUUGUAAAUGGUGGUGGCGCCAGGUCAUGUGAUUGCCGGCUGUGUUGAUACUCUGUAUCAUGCUGUCUCUUGAUUUUAUCAAAAAGAUGUAAUAAAUGUGGAUUUUGUGAUUUGCAUCAGAGGUGAUGUGUACAGGGAAAUUCUUGAAGUUUGUGACACCCAAAUAAUGUCCUAAUCGCACUCCCAACUAUUAAGGUUCAGUGUCAUGAGUAUAAUGGAUGUUGAGGGCAGCACGGGUCACCAGGUUGUAAAGGUAGUCAGCCCCAGGCCCACAGGUUCUGAGAUGGGAAAGGAGCCAGCCCAGCCCUAGGCUUGUAGCACAGAGAAGGGUGUCAGAGACAUAUAUGCACAGUCACUUGCACAGUGAGGCUAGGUUCAUAUCUACGUCAGAACUGCGUUUCGCAUCAUGGCUCCAUCUUCUGAACUGUGGGUCUUCUCCACACCGAAAUCAGGUAUAGCCCAAAAAUGGACCCAACAGAGUCACAAAUACACUCUGGCCUAUUAUAGUCAAUGUCUAUACACCAACAAGGGCAUCACCAUAAAAAUAUACUUAAAGAGGUACCCCCCCCCCUAAAAGGAUAGGGGAUAAGCUGUCAGAUCUCGGGGGUCCAGUCACUGGGAGCCUCUCUGAUCUCCGUUGCGGCAGCCCAGUCAUCCGUUGCAUGGACCAAACUUUUCUCUGUGCUGGAUGACGGGUGACCACAGCCACAUGAAUGGAGGGGGUGUGACGUCACAAACACGGAAGCUCUAAGCUUCUGUGUUCAGUAUGCCGCGAUGCCAGCCUGGAGAUUGCAGGGGGAUGGAGGGGGGGAGGGGGUCCCAGUGGCUUGACCCCCUGCAGUCAAACAUCUAAUCCCCUAUCCUUUGGCUAGGGGAUAAGAUGUCUUGGGGUGGAGUACACCUUUAAAAUUUGGGUGCAACAAUCUUGCAACCACAGUUUCAAUGUGGUUAAAAAGAGAAAUAUAGAAAGGAUGAAAGCACACACCUGUACGUAUACAGGUAAAAAAAAAAAAAAUAGGCUAUUAUAAUUUCACCAAUCAAAAAAGCAGUCAAAAAACUAUUGAAAGCUCCCUGACACAGGGCAGCUCAUUUCGCUCCAGAAUGAUAGUCUUGAAAUUUCCUUGUACCAUGUAAAGAUUCAAGGUACCCUGUGCCAGAUGCAGCAAAGCAGCCCAAAAAAACAUAACCAAGCCCUCAUACACAGAAGGCAAUUGAUGUUGGCACCCCCACGUCGCUACUUACACCGGAUGCAAUCCCCGGGUUAUGGACCACUGCUUUUAAUAGGUUAUAUAACCUCAGUGCCAGUCUACAGGGCCACCAUCAGGGGAGUAGAGCCAGUACUCCAGUAAGGGCUUGGGCUACCGGGGGGCCCCGGGCCCCUGCUGCGCCCCCCUACAGCCACCACAGCACAGAAGCAAGGGACCGCUGUUUACACAGCGGUCUCCUGCUUCCAUGGCCGGCCGGUCCAGGACGCAUUAAACUAUAAGCGCGUCUUACAAACUGGCCUAUAGUUUAAUGCGGUGCUCAGGAACGGCUGAUUGACAGAGUGAAAAGCCAUUGGCUUCUCGUCCUGUCAAUCAUUCUUGUGGCCUGCCCACAACAAGAGGCCUGGGUGUCCGUCCUCUGUGCUCCAGCACAUGAAUGAUGUCAUCAUCAUGCGCCGCACA